CACACACAUCAUCGAAACCAAAUGUCUGAUCAAUCUGUAUCUAAAUAUAAAUUAGUCCUUGUUUUAAGAGUUGUAGCUGAAAAUCUCAAAAUAAAGUGCCAUUUUUAUUUUCAGAAAGUCAACACCAAUUCAGAGGUUAAUAAUACAGAUCUUAAUGCAAAGAAUAGGAGGCGAUGGGGGCAUAUUACAAAAACACUUAAGGUAUCUGAUGAGUUGGAUGACUUUGAAGAUCUUGAUGUGCAUUGUUCAGUCACUAAAACUGAAUUAAAGAAUGAAAAACGGAGACCAAGUGAGGUUGAUCUUUGUAGUUUUGAAAGCAUUUUGGACUUGAAGCGAGAAGACAUUGAUAGACCUGUGCAGUCCUCAUUCUCUAGACAGGACACUACAGCAUCCAGAAGAAUGUCUGCAAAACAGCAUUAUUUGAAACAUACCAGAUAUUUGCCAGGAAUCACAAUUAAGAGCAAUACUGGAAUGAAUCUAAGUAAAGACAUAAAUAACGUUGACCUGUGGCCAAAUAUUAAGCAACCAAUUAAACCUCUUGGUUUGCCUGCAGGACACUCUGGAAUUAAUGGAGCUGCUGGUGGUUACAGUUCCUCUUUCUUAAAACACGAACUAAGUUCUGUUGGACCAAAGGCACGUCUGCCACCACUUACGGAUCCACUGCCCAAUUUUGGGCCACUAAAAUCGGGUUCAUAUCCAAGACAGUCUACCUUCAGCUCUUCAUCCAAAAACUCUCCUGUGAUCCCCCCUAGACCACCACCUACAUUUCAGCCAGUCCAUGGCAGGACAGACUGGAUAUCAAAAUAUGGUGGGCACAGAUAG